AUGCUCUCUCCUUCGCUCGCCAGCGCCGUGACCGGCUCGGCCGUGUGGCAGCAGAAGCACCGCUCCACACUCCACCCGCUGGCGCUCAGCGCCUACCGCGGCAGCCCCCUGGCGCUCAGCGCCAAGAAGGAGCCCAAGCCCGAGAAGGCCGGCGUGAAGCUGCUCGUGGGCGCCGGCGUGUGCCUCACGUACGAGUUCGCGCUGGGCCACUACCUCGAGUUCAUCAAGAUCAUGAAGCAGACCAAGCCGCAGUUCUCGUACGUGCACCUGACCAAGGAGAUCAUGCACGCCAAGGGCCUCGUGGGCAUCUGGGACGGCUUCUUCCCGUGGGGCGCGCUGCAGGGCGUGGCCAAGGGCUCCGUCUUCGCCUGGGGCCACUCCAUCGCCCGCACGGCGCUCACGCCGCUGGUCAACAGCGACAAGAUCGGCAAGGGCACGUCCGAGGUCAUCGCCGGCGGCAUCGGCGGCGGCUUCCAGGGCUUCGUGCUCAGCCCCACGCUGCUGCUCAAGACGCGCGUGAUGACGGACCCCGUCUUCCGUGAGCACAUGACCCCGCUCGAGACCAUGUCGCGCUCCAUGCGCAUCGGCGUCAAGGUCAUCCACAAGGAGGGCGUGGCCGCGCUCAUGAAGGGCUCGGGCAUGUUCUCGGUCAAGCGCGUGGCCGACUGGUCCACGCGCUUCUUCUUCUCCGUGCAGGCCGAGAACCUUGUGUACAAGCGCAACAACCCCGAGCGCGUGCUCACGACGAGCGAGCAGGUCAUCUCGUCGCUGCUGGGCGGCCUCGUCAGCGCGGCCGUGACGCUGCCCAUGGACGUGCUGGUGGCGCAGAUCCAGCAGGCCUCCAAGGCCGGCGUCAAAGUCUCAGUCGCGGAGCUCUUUCGGCAGCAGUACCGCGCCGGAGGCCUGAACCAGGUGCUGACCUUCGGCACCACGGGCUUCGUGGCGCGAUUCGUGCACGCCAGUUUCACGACCAUGAUCAUGAAGACGGCGACGAGCGUGGUGUACGACAUGGUCGAGGGCCGGAAUUAG